GGGAGGCAUUUAGAAAUAAAAAUCCCUCUGUACCCUGCGAGACUCGAAUAAUCCUAUUAUUUGAAAUUACCAAAAUAUCCUUGUUAUAUGUAUAUUAAUUUCACUCGAUGUAACCCGUUGCCAUCUCUACAUUUACCUGAGUCUCUCCUUCAAUAUUUUCUCUCUCUCCAUACACAAGUUUCUUCCUCUACAUUCUUUUUAGUCUUCAGCUGCUCAUAGAAAAUUUGAAGAUUUGAUUUUGGUUUCGGAUCUGGUGGCGUUAACGUGUUAAUUCGUUGUUUAUUUUGUGAAUAAUGAACGUGGAUGGUGAAUUGCCGAAUAUAAAGAGAUGGAUAGUGUUGUACCCUGUUUACAUAAAUUCGAAGAAGACGAUGGCAGAAGGAAGACGAAUUGGACUCAGCAAAGCGUGCGAGAAUCCCACGUGUGCUGAAAUUGGCGAUUGCUGCAGCUAUCUGAAACUCCCUUUUGCAAUUGAGAUUGACAAGGCUUACCCGCGUGAUUUCAUGCAAAGAGGCAGAGUGAGGGUGUUACUGAAGAAGGAGGAUGGCACUCUUUUUAAUCCCACUAUCUCAUCUAGAAAGCAGCUAAUGAUUCGUGUUGCAGAGAUGGUACCCAAACAUCAUGGAAGGACAAAGAAGCAGGAGGUGGCUGCAUCAACAUCAAAUGCAGGAGCUUCUAACAAAUCUGGGAAAGGUGGAAAAAAGAGGAGAUAAUUUUCGGAAAUAUUGUCUUAAUUACUGGAUGUAUUGUUGUAGGAGUAAUUUGUCCUAAUUGAGUUCAAGUUUUUACCACCCGAAUGAGUACCAAUGUGUUUAUGAACAUUCACCAAACAAUUUCAACAGUCGUGCACUUGAUUAUAGGACAACAUUUUCUUCAUAUAAUCUAGCAUUGGUAAAACUCUUUCUCCCCUUCUGUCCAUGGAAGAGUCACAUUAUGUUUCUGCUUUACAACCAAGAAGCAACUAACAGAACAUGCAUUUUAUUUUUUCCAUAUCCCUUAUAAAAGACUAGAUGAUUUCCUGUCUUAAAAGUUUUAUAAGCAUGGCCAAAAAUAUCUAAUUGAAUUGUCAUUUGCAUUUUGAUGAACUCCAAACUCUAUGUAGAAAGUAGUACUGGUUAGGUUGGAAUUGGAACUGUAACUGUGCACCCACCAUAGAUCAAUGUUGAAUACAAAACUAUAUUUUAUUUGUA